AUGGCCGUGUGUUUACACCAUGAUUACUCCCCAGAAUACGAGCAAGCUGAACGCAGUCACGGAGAAGAAGCGGAUAAAAUCAACGCGCGCUCCCUGGUGGCCGGAGGAGGAACUGCAGCGAAGCACAUAGCACAAGCCGUGGAAAGGCAUUCGAUGGCUCUGGCGGUCACUGUGAGCGUCCUGCUGCUGUUCUGCGUGUGUGUAUCCGUGUGUUUCACUGAUUAUUACUCGGUGUUAGGAGUUUCUCGCUCUGCCUCAGAGGGAGAGAUAAAGAAAGCCUUUCACCAGCUGGCCAGAAAGCUCCAUCCAGACAGGAACCCCAGCCCAGAUGCACAACACGUCUUCAUACAGCUUGCACAAGCCUAUGAUGUGCUGUCUAACCGAGAGACUCGGAGAAACUACGACCAAAACGGAAAGCAGGACUUUCCUGAUGACCAGCAUGGUUCCCAUGGUAACAGUGAUUUCCUGGCCUUCAGGCUUCACGAGCUUCUAAACAUGCUGUGGCUGGAGGACGAUUUCACGAUGUUUGAAGAUGAAGGUUUGACUCAAGGAUGGAGCUUUACUGUGUGGGAUGAAGCUCAGGAUGAUGACGGUGAUCAUCUCGGCAAUAUGUUCAGUACGCUGUAAAGUCAGAGAUGUAAUCAAGAGGAGCUGUAAUAAAGAUAUUGAUGGUAUUUGAAUUUUAAAUGAAAUAAAGUCUUCAUUUUAAAACAAGGUAUGGAAAUAACGGUGGCUUAGUGGUUAGCACGUUCGCCUCGCACCUCCAGGGUUGGGGGUUCGAUUCCCGCCGCCGCCUUGUGUGUGUGUGGAGUUUGCAUGCUCUCCCCGUGCCUUGGGGGUUUCCUCCGGGUACUCCGGUUUCCUCCCCCAGUCCAAAGACCGUGUGUGUGAUUGCAUGAGUGAAUGAGAGUGUGUGUGUGUGCCCUGUGAUGGGUUGGCACUCCAUCCAGGGUGUAUCCUGCCUUGAUGCCCGAUGACGCCUGAGAUAGGCACAGGCUCCCCGUGACCCGAGG